GGCAAUUUCGCAUUCCCCCCGAAAAAUUUGAAAUCCUUUUCGCAUCCCUCUCCUCUCCGCGAUUCCCCACUCCCGGCUGCAGGGCGGUGCGGCGAUGGCCGACGCUCCGCCGCCGGUGCUGACGCUGCAGGUGAAGAAGGGCCGCCGCGGCGGGGAGACCCGGCAGUGGCGGGCGGGCGCCGUGCUCCGCGUCGGCCGCGUCGCCACCGGCAACGACAUCGCCGUGCGCGACGCCGGGGCGUCGCAGCGCCACCUCUCCAUCGAGUUCCUCCCGCCGCCGGCCUCGCGGUGGGCCGUCUCCGACGUGGGAUCCUCCAACGGCACCCUCCUCAACGGCUCCCCCCUCGUGCCCACCGUCCCCUCCCCGCUCUCCGACGGCGAUGUCAUCAAGAUCGGGGAGUCCAGCAUGCUCGUGGUCUCCAUCGCGCCCGAUUCGGAUCCCAACCCUGGCCCUAGGCGCUCCUCGCGCCAAUCCGCCGCAGUGGUGGGGGAGCAGGAGAAACCCCCUGCGGUCACCCGCCGUGGCGGACGGAAGAACGCUGCAGCGGCGGCGGUGGCGGUUGAGCCGCCCAUUGCGGAGAAGGAAGAGCCAGAGCCGGAGGAGGCUCCAGUGGUGACUCGCCGCGGUGCUCGGAAGAAGGCCGCGCAACCCCCCAAAGCGGAGGAGCACGAGGAGGGCGAGGAGGAGGUGGUCGCGGCGGUGGUGACGCGCCGCUGUGGGCGGAAGAAGGCCGCAGAGCCCCCUAAACCGGAUGAGGAGGAGGAGCAAGAGAAGGGGAAGGAUGAGGAACAAGAGGAGAAGGAGGAGGAGGAGGUCCCGGUGGUGACGCGCCGCGGCAGGUCGAGGAAGGCGGCGCCGGAGGCAGCCGUUGCGCCACCGCCGCCGAGGGCAAGGUCGACGAGAGCUGCUGCUAGGAGAGGCAAGGCAGUGGACACAAGCCUGGAUGAGAGGGAGAGCGAGAUGGCCGGAAAGGGACGGGGAAGGGCUACAAGGUCUAAUGCAAGGAAGUGUAGGAUGGCCGUUCCUGAGGACGAUGACGAUGAUGGGGAACAGCAAGAGGGGGCUACUGCUGUGGCAGAAGAGCAGAUAAAGGAUCAACCGAGGGCAAUGGCGGUGACUGACGGUGAGGAGGAAGAUGAUAAGGUGGAAGCCAUGGAUGGAGAAGUUGAACAGAAUGACAAGGCAUCAGAGGAGGAGGAGGUGCCAGUGGCGCGGAGAGGACGGGCACGAAGAGCUCCAAAGGGGAAGGCUACUGCAAGUAGUAAUGCUCAUGCUGCUUCGGACAACGCGGUUGAGGAGGAAGACGGCGGUAGAGGAGAGGGAGCGGCUGUGGAAGUGGAGGGGGAGAGUUCUGGGAGCAGCAGCUUGGAAACCAUGACACUGAGGGAGUGGUUUCAGAGGAUGAAUGUGUACCUCCCUAGGAUGAUCAAUGAGGCUGCUGAAGAGGCGCUUUCAGCCCUGCGGGAGAGGCAUCGGCGUAUAGAUGAGUACAUUUCAACGCUUGAGGAUUAGCGUGAUUCAUGGAUAAUUAGGAGCUAUUUGGUCAAUCUGACGUAGGGGUGAUGCCUGGAGAUAACAUUAAUUGGAGGCAAUGCUUUGCUGAAGCGCCACAAAGAUUUGCUGAAGCGCCACAAAGAGCCAUUAGGUGAUAUUUCACUGGGAUCAUCUCAUUAUCGAUUCCAGUUCCACCAAAUGCCGCAAAAAUCAUUGAUGCAAUACACUGUAGCACUCUUCAUGUUUACUCUAGUUAUGUAGUACCAGUACUCUAGUACUCAUGAAGUAGGACCUGGGUUCGUAGGCCUCUAUGCAAAGGCAUUCAACAUGCAUCGCAGAUUUCAUUCUGUAAAUUGCCUCUCUAAGGUGAUGUUUAUUCAUGCCUAACCUCUAUCUGGAAUACAACGCGACAAUGUUUUGAAUGUAUAUGUCGUUUCUACCAUGGCUGCUAUUAGGAGUCAGAACUGAUUAUUUU